AGUGACAGUGCUUUCGCAAAGACCAUGAAAAGCGCCGCCCGAAAAUCGUUGCUUUGACGCUCCUCCUCCAGCCACUUUGUGAAUACGCACGGUCGGAUAUAUAGAUAUAGAUCCGUAUGCGCAAUCAGUCAUCGGAGUGGAGUGUUCACGAAAACUAAUAGGCUGAUGUCAUGCAAGUUGUAGGUGCAGUCCUUCAAUAUUCGAUACAAUCCUUUCCACCUACGAAAGGCCCCAAGACUAUUUGGUCAAGAUACUCGACUUUACUAUAACUACAGGAUGACUAACUAACGCGAUAAUUGCGUCUAAAAUAAGAUAAGAGAUACGAGAUAUAAAUUAUUCACUGUCUCAUAAUAGUCUCCUUGUUUGUACAUAAUGACGACCAGUACUGGUGAACCAGAUUCAGCUCCAAAAUCUAAAAAACCUACAGACAGUGCCUUUAAACAGCAGCGGCUACCUGCAUGGCAGCCCAUACUUACUGCUGGAACUGUAUUACCAACUUUCUUCGUCAUUGGUAUAGCUUUCAUACCGGUUGGUGUUGGCCUUUUAUAUUUUUCGGACGAAGUUCAAGAACGCGUAAUAGAUUACACUGGCUGUAAAUCAAUUAAUUUUGCACGUGACCAAAAUAUGAGAUGCACUGAUGUGAUUGCCAAGUAUCCUUCACGCGACUGUUACUGCAAUGAAACCUUUACAUUGCCUGUAGAUUAUAAUGGAAAAGUUUACAUGUACUAUGGUCUUACUAAUUUUUAUCAAAACCAUCGACGUUACGUCAAGUCUCGUGAUGAUAACCAGUUAUUAGGCCAAUUAAGCCCUAUGGUUUCUAGUGAUUGUGAACCCUUUGCUUAUGCAGAUAAAAAUGGUACUCAGGUACCAAUAGCACCGUGUGGUGCCAUAGCUAAUUCUCUCUUUAGCGAUGAACUUAGCUUGUACUCUCAUAAGCAUGGCUCACCAGUGCCAUUAUUAAGAACUGGAAUAGCAUGGCCUUCCGACAAAAAUAUCAAAUUUAAAAAUCCACCUGGAAAUCUGAGAGAAGCUUUUAAGGAUUAUGAAAAACCAAAGAAUUGGAAAAAGCCAGUUUACGAGUUGGAUCCUGAAAAUGAAAGCAACAAUGGUUUCAAGAAUGAAGAUCUCAUAGUGUGGAUGAGAACAUCUGCAUUGCCUACUUUCAGAAAACUGUAUCGGAGAGUAGAUCACGAUCAGGAUGGCUUUAAAGAUGGUCUGGGUGCUGGAAAUUAUACACUAACAAUUAAAUAUUCAUAUCAGGUGUCAGCUUUUGAAGGAACAAAAAGAAUGAUUUUGAGUACAACAUCACUUCUAGGUGGGAAAAAUCCAUUCCUUGGAAUUGCAUACAUUGUAGUUGGAUGUGUUUGCCUACUUCUAGGAAUUGCUUUACUAAUUAUACACAUCAAGUGCUCAAAAAGCAAACUUAUCUAAAGAGGGGCCAAAAUGAACAUGCUUAGGACUAUCUGUCCUUCUUGACAUAAAAAAAAUUGAAACUUUGUUAAGUACACAAAAACAUAAAUUUAAGGACAGUCUUUACAACCUUCUUUUAGACGAUGCAAAUCAACAUAAUUUGUGUAUUUCUCGUCAAAUUGGGCUUGAAUUUUUCAAGACAAUAGAAACAAAAACUCAAGUUUAUUAUGCAUACAAUCUCUGUGUAUUCCCAAAUCUAUGUAUUUUGUAGAAAAGAAAGCUAAACUGCAUAUUGCAUAGCAACUAGAAAAGAUUCAAAGAAUGAAAAUAUGUUUUAACUUAUGAUAAUAGUUGCUAUCAUGUUCUUUUGAUUUAUGCAUGAUAUUCAAAUUAGAAUAGAAAAGCUAUGCUAUACAUUUCAUAUAGACAAAAAUUGUUAUAAAUACAAUUCUAAUAUUUUAGAAUUUUAUAAACAAUUGUUGUAAAACAUCGAUUGCAUGUUGAUAAUUAUAAAAUAGUACUUUUCAUUCUUAAGGUGUAAAAUUCCUUUCCUUUUUGCUAUACUAUAGCUUAUAAAAAUUAUUUAAUCUUUACUUGGUGCUUGAUAUGUUUGCUCUAAUGUACUUAAAAACCAGUGCAUCAUGAUGGUUUGCCUGAUUAUUGAAUGUUUAAAUUUAUUAUUUGCCCUUUUCCUAAAUUCUUAUCCACAUUUUAUUUAUAUUUUCUAUUUUAAUUAGGUAAUAAUUAUCUUUUUAUUUUCUACAGUACCAGCGAUAUGAUCAACGUCAACCCAACUACACCGUAUCAAUGAAUUGAUUACUUUGGAGCAUUGAAGACAUCAAUUAUGACCAAAGUUUAUAAUUUUAAUAUAAUGUAAUUUCUCCAAAGUACAAAAUUAAUCAGCAAACUCAGUUGAAUUUACAUUAAAAUAACACUUUUCUGUAUAUAUUAAUACUCAAAACGAUACAGUUUUUAAAACUAAAAUUAAUAUACACUA